AUGUAUAAGAACCUAUUGCAGCAGUAUGCUCAAAAGCAAAAUCUUGAUUUUCCUGUAUAUACUUCUGAAGCUGAAGGUCCUCCCCAUGCUCGCCGCUUCAAGUCAAGAGUUUGUUUAGACGGAAAAUCAUAUGAGACAUUUGAAUUUUUUCCCACACUAAAGGAAGCUGAACAAGCAGCUGCUAAAGUUGCUUGUCAGGUGUUGUCUGUGGAUGUGGUCCAAGAGAAUGCAGGAUUAUACACAAAUCUUCUACAAGAAUUUGCUCAUAAAAACGGUCUUUUAUGCCCAUUAUAUGAGACAGUCAGCUCUGGUUUGUCACACAGGCUUGUAUUUGUGUCUAAAGUGGAGAUAGGAAGUGAUACUUUUUUAGGGGCUGAAGCCAAAACCAAGAAGUUGGCAGAGAUAAAUGCUGCUAAAGUUGCUUACUGUGCUCUUACGAGGGUUAAAAAACUAAUAAUUCAUCUAAUGUUGAUAUUGGCUGAGUCUCUUGAAGUUCUCUUUAUUUAUUCUCGAUUUGUGUAUGUCUUGAAGUAGGACUAACUGUGUUGUGUACUGGAUUAAUGACAAACCACACUAGAUAACUAUUGGUUU